GAAGAAGAUCGGAAUCCAAUACAGGAGAUAACGGAUGGGCUCGGUGGCGGUGGCGUCAAUGUUGUUCGCCGGCGGCUGCCGGAGCGUCACCGUUCCGGCGGCAGCGCACGCUUUUCGCAUAUCGCGCGCAGCUGUUUGCAAGCACCGUGAGAAGCAGUUGUUGAGUUGGUGCUGUCGGAGUUCACAUAAUAGUAACACUACACUCGCCGGUGAAACCGAAUCCUCAACAAUCGACGCCGGAAACUUAACCGCCACCUCUUCUUCCAAUAGCUACCUGAAAUAUGAUCGGUUGCUUCCAUGUCCAUUGCACAAAUCACCACCGAGAGUUGAACACUUAGUUGUAUCAGAAGGAGGACCUGUCUUAGAACAUAUUUGCAAGGCUCUGGAUCUUCCUCCUUUGUAUGUUGCAGAUUUGAUCCAAUUUGGAGCUGUGUACUAUGCUCUUGUUUGUCCGCAGCCUCCUCCUAAUGCCACUGAAGAGCAAAUUAGGAUAUUCAAAGAAGUAACGGAACCUUCGGUUUUGCGAAAAAGAGCUUCCAUCAAAGGCAAAACUGUGCGAGAAGCACAGAAAACUUUCCGUGUAACUCACGUGGAUCAAUUUGUUGAACCAGGAAUAUAUUUGCGAGUGCAUGUGCACCCUAAACGCUUUCCUAGGUGCUAUGAGAUUGAUUGGCGAUCAAGGAUCAUAGCUGUGGCGGAAUCCUAUGUGGUUUUGGAUAAACCUGCUGGUACAUCGGUAGGUGGCACUACUGACAACAUUGAAGAGAGUUGCGCAACCUUUGCAACUCGUGCCUUGGGAAUGACAACCCCUUUGAUGACUACCCAUCAGAUUGAUAAUUGCACUGAAGGCUGUGUGGUGCUGGCUAGGACUAAGGAAUAUUGUUCUGUCUUUCAUGGAAAAAUCAGGGAGAAAAAGGUGAAGAAGCUCUAUCUUGCUCUUGCAGCUUCUCCUUUGCCAACUGGAAUCAUUACCCACUAUAUGCGUCCAAUUAACAUGGCUCCAAGACUUAUUUCUGAAGAUUUUAUCAAGGGAUGGUAUCUUUGUCAACUUGAGGUCAUGGAAUGCAGAAGGGUUCCCUGGCCAACUACUGCUAUUCUGGACAAAUAUUGUGUUGAAGACUGUGGGUGGCCUUCUCAAGAUUUUGCAUAUGAGUGCAAAAUCAACCUUCUUACUGGUCGAACUCAUCAGAUUAGAGCUCAAUUUGCUGCCCGUAAGGCACCAUUAAUUGGUGAUUCUAUGUAUAUGCCAGCUGCAAUUGCGGAUAUGGCUAAUCCUGGACUUAAUCCAUUUGGAAAAUACAAGAAAGAUUUCAGUAGUGAGAGUGAAAAGGAAUUGGCUGUUAUAAAUUGGAUUGCACAACAUGGAAAAGAGCCAAGUGUUGCGAUUGGCCUUCAAGCCUGUCAAAUUUCAUGGGAUGAUGAUGAACACUUUUACGAAGCUGGUUCUCCUUGGUGGAGGUGUUAAAAUGCUUGAAAUAUGUGCCUGAGUUGAGGACAAGAAUCACCUUUAUAGUUAUGUUUUCAUCUUGCUUUUGUUUUAAGUAAGUGUACUAUCAUUCAAAUUCAAAACAUCCUGAUUCAUUCUUACAGCUGAUCUGUUUGCCUGAAAAAAAAAAAAGAAAUGUUUUUAAUCUGCAGAUACAGAUACUAAAAAAUUGGAAGAGCAGUCAUGGAUCAUUUUGUAUGUUGAUUUCUCCUUCUGUGGAUUAAGAAUGCAAUAUUUCCUUGAUGUUGUAGAGGAAGGCAAUGAAACUGUUGGUGGUUUGAAAAGAGAAUCCCAUAUAAAAAGGAAAGGAGAAACUUCAAAUGGGGAUUUAAAAUUGUGCGUGCAUGCUCUCCUAUGCUGGUGAGCCUUGUAGCACCCUUUCAAUCAGAAUAAACUCUGAACAGGUCAGCCAAAGGAUAGGUUUAUUCACGAAUUAGGAAGUAUUUUUGAAAAGAGGAUUUAGUUUAUAUUUUAUUAAGAAAUUGAAGAACAGAGAAAAUGUCAACUUAUUGGAAACAUAGUUGAUUCGGCUGUGAUAAUACUGCCUAAAGCUCGUGUCAAUUUCAAAUUGAUUGUAUUGGCUUUUGCGGCUCUCUGUCAUGUUUUGGCGAGGGGGCCUUGCUUAUGCUUGACAAUCAAUUGCCUGUUCUAGCUUGCUGAUGAUUUUGGAGUUCUCUUAACACUAUUUUAAUCAUGGUCAUGGUGAAGUCCAAAUCUCAUGGUAAAAUAUCAUAGUUGUCAUGGGCGAGGACCAGACAACAUAUCCCCUAACAAUUCACAUGUUAUCCUUUCCUGGUCAUUGGGUCCCUUUUGAAUUUUAGUAAAUGUUUACCAGUUCCUUCGUUUAUCUAAACUCAUGAGUCGUGACAACCAUUAUUUCUAUUUACGUGCUCCUCAAGGGUCUAGGUAGGAAACUUGUACUUUUUGGUUGUGGACUAUGGUACUUUUUAUAUAUAGUAAUAUAGAAAUUUGUAAAUUUCUGUUUGAUUAUUUUUCGUGUUUCUUCUAGCACUUAAAAGUUACUGUCAUAAAUUAUUGUAUCAUUGAACAUGGUUAAAGUCAACUAAUUGUUGCAUCAUUCAAAAUUAUUUAAUUUU